AUGGGCCAACAUGGAUCUGGGACUCGCAAUGACAACGGACAGAGAUUAGUGGAACUCUGCCAGGUAUUCCAACUGGUCAUCUGCGGCACAAUAUUCCCACACAAAGAUGUCCACAAAUACUCCUGGACAUCUCCUGGUGGUAACACGCGCAACCAGAUCGACCACAUUUGCAUUAGCAGGAUGUGGAGACACUCACUACUGGACCGACUCCACUCUGAGGACGAGAAUGACGUCCACAUUGCGGGAACAACUGAUCCCCCUAGAAGACCACCCUUGGGAGCGCACCUGCAGAGGACCGCAGCUGAGCAAAUAAUUGGACUGCAACAACUUGGAAGAGCAGACUGGAUAUCUAAAGGGACCUGGGACCUGAUUAGAAGGAGAAACAAUCUAAAGCCUCUGGCGGACCAGCUCACACAGAAUCGUGAUGAAUAUCGCGAACUGUGUAGAGCUGUGAAAAGAGCGGCCAUAAAGGACAAACGAGCGCUACUGGAUAGACUUGCGACAGACGCAGAACGAGCAGCCGGCGAGAACAACAUGCGCUCGUUAUACCAGCAGAUUGCACGGGUUGCCGGACCCCACCACAGACGGAACCAGCCAAUGGGAAUUAGCCACACCACAUCACCAAACGUGGCUACGGACUAUAGAGGCAUUGCGCCACCAAGUGGGAAUAGCAGGAUACCCUCUACACCCCCGAAUGUAAGAGAGAUUGUGAAUGCAGUAAAGAAGCUAAAGUGCAACAGGGCAGCCGGCGGGUACAACAUACCAGCCGAACUGCUUCAAAUUGACACUCAGCUGAUGGCUGAUACGCUGCAUCAGCAUUCCGCAAGCAUAUGGGAAGGCGAGACUGUACCUGACUCCUGGAAAAGCGGAAUCAUCGUGAAGCUCCCCAAGAAAGGCGACCUUAGCGACUGCAAUAACUGGAGAGGAAUAACACUGCUCAACACUAGCUAUAAAAUCCUAGCUACACUGCUGAACGAACGCCUCCAGGAAAAAAUCGAGCCAACAAUCCGAGACGAACAGGCAGGCUUCAUACCACACAGGAGUUGCUUAGAUCAGGCAAACACACUACGCAUAAUUACCGAGCAAGCUGUGGAAUGGAGAGCCCGCUUUAUCUCCUGUUCAUCGACUUCAAGAAGGCGUUCGAUUCAGUUGAAAGGGCAGCAAUAUGAAGAUCAGCAGCGUCGGACUCGGGAUUAA